AUGCCUCCUCCAUUUGAUAUGAUUUCUAAGAUGCAUCCUCCUAGAGAGGCUUGGAGGCUGAAAGUUAGGGUUCUUAGGCUUUGGGUUGUACCCUCUUUUGGUAACCAUGAGGUUCCUAACUCAAUGGAGAUGAUUCUCCUUGAUGAUAAUCUGAUUUUGUUCUUUUGUUGGAUUUUCAAUGUGAAAAAAAUUCAAGCUACAGUUAAGAAACCACUCCUUAAUAGGUUUAGGGAUCAUAUAGUUGAAGCUACAGUCAAGAAACCACUGCUUAAUAGGUUUAGGGAUCAUAUAGUUGAAGGACAAGUUUAUAGAAUGGCAUAUUUUACUGUUGUCUCAAAUCAUGGUAGUUAUAGAGCAACUUCUCAUGAAUUCAAAUUGGUUUUCCUUCACCGAACCACUGUUGUAGCUGUUGAUGAAGAUGUAAUCCCUAAGACUUGUUUCAACAUUGUUACAGUGCGAUGUGCAUUGUUUGGGGAUUAUGUUAAUCAAGUGAAUAAUUUUCUUGCCUCUGGCUAUGUGGAGCAGCCUGUUGUGGUGAUUCAGCUUGCAAAAGUCAAGUUCUUUAGGGGUCAAGUAGGUCUUCAAAAUGUGAUGUAUGCCACUCAAAUAUUAUUUAAUCCUAAUAUUCCUGAAGUUGUUGAAUUCAGCCAGAGUAUGAUUGAGCAAGGUGUAAAUGGUACCCAUCCUCUGUUUAUUGCAAAUGAGGGUAAAGUUCUCUCAUUGGAAGAUGAUUUCAUGCGUUUAACUAGGAAAUGCACUAUUGAAGAGCUUCAAGAUAACAAUCAGGAGGGUUCUUUUAUCAUCUUUGGUGCAAUUCAAGGUAUUGUUGAGGAUGGAGGUUGCUGGUAUUCUGCGUGUGUGUGUGGAAAGGGUAUCUAUCCUCAAAAUGGUGCAUAUUACUGUGAUUUUUGUUUGAAGCACAUAACUAAUGUGACUCCAAGAUUUAAAAUUAAAAUAAUAGUUGAAGAUCGUACUGGUGAGGGUAUUUUCCUUCUCUUUGAUCGUGAGGCAUCUUAUUUGCUUAAGAAGUCAUGUGCUGACUUGUUUACUGAGGUUCAAAGAGAUGCAAGUCUUAUAUGUGGGGAUACUUAUCCUCCCAUAUUUCAAGUGCUCAUUGGAAAGAAGUUGCUUCUCAAGGUUGAUACCAAAGGUGUCCCACAGGAUACAUUUUAUGGGACUUUCCGAGUUAGGAGAAUUUGUGAUGAUUCAACUAUUAUUGCGAUGUUUGAACUUCCCGAUUAUGAUGCUGAUGACGAGUGUACUCCAAAAAAGGAGAAUGAUUUGCACAAAUCUGUUCCUUGUGGAAAAGGGGAUGUUGGUAUUAAGAAGGAGUUUUCAGAUACUUUUAUCAAGAGUGAGAAAGAUGCUGGUGAGUGUCCUGGGAUUUUGUGUAAAUCCCCGAUUCUUAUUGAUUUUUUAGCUGGAAAACAGCCUGCUGUUUCUGGAGUGACUGAGUUUGUUGCCUUAAGUGAUGGUGAACAUAGAAAAGAUGAGAAAACACCCAGCAAUAAUGCUGUUAGUGAUGAUCUUUCUGCUGAACUCGAUAUAUUGCUUAGCUCAGUGGAAAAAGAAACUCAGGAGGUGUUGUCCCAUGUUGUUGAUUCAUCUUCGCAAUAUGGAGAGAAGCCAUGUUCUUGA